CGUUGUUACGUAGUUUAUGACAUUCUCUUUGGUUGGCGUUGCAAGAAAAGUGAAAACACUAUUUUUCAUUUCAAAAAGCAAAAAAGUGCCUUGGAAACCUGUUAUUAGCCAUGAUGUUCUAUAUUAUAUUGCACUAGAUAGCAGAUGGCUGGCAGAAAGUUAACAAGUGAAAUGGAGGAUCCAACCAAUUUUGUUGCUAUCAAGGAAGAGCUUCCAGAGGAAAUUGAUGAAUGUACAAGUGAAGUAAUCAGGAGAUUAAAUUAUGAUGCCAGUGAAUCAAAUUUUGAAGAAUGUGAUCUAUCAGUCAAUGUUAUAAAAGAAGAUGAUACAGAGUACCUUCAGGUGGAAAUUAAUCCUGGGAAUAUCAAGAUUGAGCCGUAUGACGAGGAAGCCACCACAUCAAAUAUUCACAUCAAACUAGAGCCUCUUGAUAAUGAGGAAGAAUAUGAGUUUAAUCUGGAAAGCUGCAUCCCAGUCCCGAAAGAAACGAAACCGCCGGAGGAGAGAAGAUACGUAUGCAAUAUUUGUGACAAGAGAUUCAUACAGCUCUGUCAUUUGAAAACUCAUGAGCGAAUGCAUACGGGUGACAAGCCCUACUCUUGUGAUAUAUGCAAACAGACCUUCACAAGAAGCACAAACUUGAAACGACACAAGAACGUACAUAUACACGGACAGAAAAUAUACAGUUGUGAGAUAUGCAAAAAGAAAUUCACAUACCUAAGUAAUUUGAGGGAGCAUAAAAAGUUGCAUAGUGAUUUCAAACCCCUGCAGUGCGAUCUCUGCGAUGAACGAUUCGCUGUGGCCCACCAUCUGAAAAUGCAUAAACUCAGGCAUACGGGAGAGAAGAACUUCGGUUGUGACUUAUGUGGUCGAGCGUUCACUCUACGAAUGACAUUGAUAAGGCAUAUCAGAGGGCAUAACGGGGAACGGCCGUAUAGUUGUAAAAUAUGCAGCAAGACGUUCACAAGAUUUGGUGGUCUACAAAAACAUAAGCGGUCACAUGUGCCUUACGAGUUGAAACCUUUUACGUGUGAUGUGUGCCCAAAAAAGUUUGAUCGGAAGGCUGAUUGUGAAGCCCAUAAACGGACACAUACAGGCGAGAAACCGUUCUCUUGUGAUAUAUGUCAUAAAAGUUUUGGACAGUAUGAAUAUGUGAAAAGACACAGACUAAUACAUACAGGGGAAAAACCCUACAGCUGUAAUUUAUGCGAUAAAAAAUAUUCAACAUGUAGUAGCUUGACAGUGCAUAAACGGAUUCAUACGGGCGACAAACCAUAUUCAUGUGACGAGUGCGAUAAAAGCUUUUCUCGGUCAAAUAGUUUGACAAUACACCAGAGAACACACAGCGGUGAUAGACCAUACAGUUGUGAUAUUUGUGAUAGGAAGUUCAGCGUGUCCAGCAAUUUACGAUCACAUAAAUUAACACAUAACCAAGUGACAAUAGAAGAUCAACUAAAAAUCUGUGCUGCAGAAUAUAUCGGAGAAAUGAACGCAGGCGUCUGUUUGUCGUGCUUUGCUUGUGAUGUUAGAAUAUUCGAUAUCAAAGGCACUCACUUACAUUCUGUCUUUGAGGUGAUAUCAAAUAAUAAGAUACAAACUGACAUACACUCAUUGUGCUACAUUUGUUAUAAGAGGUUACAGCAAUGUGAGCAGUUGUUCAAACAAAUCCAAGAACUUAAAGAUGAAAAUAAUCAGACAGAAGACAAAUUGUUAGUUCCAGUUACCAGGGUAAAAGUCGGAGUGUUCUCCCUGUAUGAUGAUGUACCUGUCCAGAGGGCGAAGAACAUUGGAGAGGAAUGUAUUUAUGAAGAUCGAGAAAUCACAAUUGAGAAUAUUCAAAUCAAAAUGGAGCCAGCAGAGGAUUCCACCGACAAUGAGGAAGCCAAUUCUGAUGUCAAAAUAGAGCCUGUAAGCGACGACGAGAGUGACAAAUCAUAUCAACCAGGAGACAAAGUAAAAAAGCGGCGUACGCGGCCUACCAGUGAAGAGUAUGCUUGUGAUAAGUGCGGCAAGAAAUUCAACCAGCCCGCUUACCUAAAGAAACAUAUUCAACGAAUACACGACAAAAGAUGUGACGUUUGCAAGAAAAAGUUUAGUACGGAAAAGCUUUUAGAAGAACAUAAGCUGCUACAUACGGAGGAAGGCAAGCCGUUUGUGUGUGAAGUCUGCACGAAGAGUUUUACACGAAGUGAUAGCUUAAAAAAGCAUAUACUGUUGCAUCAAAUCAGUAAACCAUACUCCUGUGAUGUGUGCCAGAAAAGAUUUACAAGACCGGACACGUUGAAGAGCCAUAAACUAUCACACAACGAUGGCAGAAUGUUUGUUUGUGAUAUAUGCAAGAAGAAGUUUGCUCGGAACAGCGAUCUCAAGAAGCACAGAGUGAUACAUACAGGUGCCAAACCGUUUAGCUGUGAUUUGUGUGAUAUGAAAUUUACUCAAGCGGGCAAUCUAAAAAAGCAUAGACUAACGCACAGCACAAUUAAAGACUAUGUAUGUGAUAUAUGCAAUAGAAACUUUACUUCAAUCGGCCAUCUCAAAUCACAUAAGUCAUCGCACACAGGCAACGAAAUUUUUGCAUGUGAUGUUUGCAAUCUACCCUUCCUAACCAUCAGUAAUUUGAAGUCGCACAAACGUACACACAUAACAGAGAAACAAUACACAUGCGAGUUCUGUAGCAAGAAAUUCCACGAUCAUGUAACAAUGGUCCGCCACAUUAAGUUACAUAAAGGUGAGCUAGCUUACAACUGUGAUAUUUGUGAUAAGACAUUCUCUAAAAGCAGUUCUCUAAUCAGUCACAAAAGGACUCAUACGGGCGAAACACCUUACAGCUGUGAGCUCUGUGACCGCAAAUUUGUGUAUAGCAGUACGUUGAACAACCAUAUGCGAACACACACUGGUGAGAAACCUUACAGCUGUGAUAUAUGCGGAGAAGCAUUCCUACAUUGCAGCUCGUUCAACGCUCACCGAAGAACACACACAGGAGAGAAACCGUACAACUGUGAUAUAUGUGGAAAGACAUAUACGGCAUUGGGGAGUUUAAACACACACAAAUUAAUACAUUCAGGCAAAAUGUAUACGUGUGAGGUGUGUGAUAAGAAAUUCCUUAAGCCGAGCAGUUUGAAGUCGCACCAACUUAUUCAUACGGGUGACAAAAGUUAUAGCUGCGAUGUAUGUCCAAGAAUGUACUAUCAGCUGCACAAUCUUAACCGACAUAGACAAAAGUAUGGCCACUUUGUUAGUCCGCAAAAUGCAGUAGAAAUCAAAGUUGAAAAUCAGUAAAAUUAUUACAGUGGAAACUCGAUUAAUUGGUUUAAUUUUUCUUGUAAGUGUCUAAAC